UGUUGUGAUCAACCAAAAACAGUGAAUGUUUUUCCUGGACAGAAUAUCAGCAUCAUCUCUAACUAUCCUGUGAUUUACAACCGAGACUUCAAGUAUAUCAUGAAACUUGAAAAUGGCAGUGUUUUAUAUGACAUUCUAGAUACUUUUGAAAAAUCCCAGAACAACAGGUUCUCUAUUUUUGAUGACAAAAGUGCUAAAGUUCUCGGUAUGAACAUCAGUAAUGUGACAGAAGCCGAUGAUGGAGUUUAUUUAUAUGGAAUCUUCAACAGAAAGAACUCAAUCAAGUAUUAUUCCUUCUUCAGAGAGAUUCACCUGCAAGUUAGAGAACCUUCCAGUGCCAACAUCAUCAUCAUCAGUGUGUGUGUCAUUUUGGCUCUGCUGCUGAUUUGCGGAUUUGCACUGAUGGUCUACAAGCUGAUACACAUGAGAACACAAGGUCCACCACCUUCUGCCAAAGACAGUGCCCAGGUUCCCCCUGUUCCUCGCAUCUACGAGGAAGUCAAUCAGACCAAACAUGUGUCUGCAACAGACACUGAACUUUAUAUGAAUGCUCCAUCACAGAGCCCUAAUAGAGAGAUCAUCUCCACAGUAGAACCACCACAAGAAAAAAAUCUCACUUACACCUCUGUGAGUUUCCCGAAGAAUCCAGAUGAUGCUGCAAUCACCUUCAGUAAGGAGGAAUCUACUGAGUAUGCCACUGUCCAACGCACCUCAAAACUGUAAUAAUUUAAUUAUGUUUUCACCAAAAUGUGCUUUCAACAGAAUAUAAUUUUUACAAUGUCAAAAAUUUAUGAAAUAUACGAAAUCAUAUUUUCUUUUGUAACCACAAAUGUUUUUGUCACUUUGAACUGUACCUGUAUUCAAAUAACAAAUAAAAGCCACUUGACAUUAAA